CGGACCAACCCACCGGAAGUUAGAUGUCCCCGCGACUCAUGUGGUUCCAUGUUUAUAAUAGAAGUUUUACCUGAAAGAAGAUACGUUUAAAGGAUUUGCAAAGAAUACAAACACACACCAAUCUAGAAAAUGUCCGACAACGAAGACAACUUCGAUGAUGGAGAUUUUGAUGACGCUGAGGAGGAUGAGGGAUUAGAUGAUCUUGAAAAUGCAGAAGAUGGUGACCAGGAGAACGUGCAGAUUCUGCCUGCAGGAGAGGGCCAGCAGGCAAACCAGAAGAGAAUCACAACACAGUACAUGACCAAAUAUGAGCGGGCCAGAGUGCUGGGAACACGAGCUCUUCAGAUAGCGAUGUGUGCUCCUGUGAUGGUGGAGUUGGAGGGAGAAACGGACCCCCUGCAGAUAGCUAUGAAAGAACUCAAGAGCAGGAAGAUUCCCAUCAUCAUCCGCAGGUACCUUCCAGAUGGCAGUUAUGAGGACUGGGGCUGUGACGAACUCAUUAUAACUGACUGAAAAACUCAACCGUUACAGAUUAAAAAAGACACGUCUACAGCUCCACAUGUCAGUCUUUUCAGCUACAUGAACUUCUAUGAGUCUCUAAAGUUAAGAACGUAUAUCUUGUCUAUUUAAACAUACUUUUGAUAUGUCCAAGAUGAAAAAAAAAACAUGUUAAUGAUUUCAAGAACUGUACUAUAAUAAAGAUCCACCAGGCAGACAUGUAACUUAAACACUUUAGUUUCCUUUUUUAAUAGAAUGAAUUUUUUUGUUGUUAUAAAUAUUCCUUUUGCUGUUUUGAAAAAAAAUGUGAAAUAACUAUUUUAUUGGUGAUAAUAAACAUUUUUUAUUA